GCUCUGACAUCCGAUUAACACGCACUCGUUAAUCGGUUAGAUUAACGGGGAAUUUCUCUAUCAGGGAACAAGGGAAGAUGCUACGAUUUCUGGAUCGACUUCAGCCGAGUGUAUGUCUCGUUGUCGUGAACCCAAGGACUGCUCCCUCCUUCGCGAAGAUUACCUCCAGUGCUUUCAUCCCUCCAAAUAGGUUGUGUACUAAAGUACUAUAUGGAGGAUCCUCCUCCUGUCAACAGCCCAAGAAGAGUCCUCAGCCUGUCAAGGAAAAGGAAAGGUGUUAGCUCCUUCUUGAAUUUUGAAAAUAAGGCUUCUGGAUUGGGUCUAUCUGGUCAACAUGGUCCAAAACCAGCUGAAGUAUAUGGAUUUGUGGGUUCCAUAACUACUAUUGUUGCAACAGCCAUAUUCUUCAUAUGGGCAUAUUUUCCUGAGCAUUGGUUGCAUUCUAUUGGGAUCUUCUACUAUCCUAGCAGGUAUUGGGCUGUAGCUGUUCCAACUUAUUGUAUGGUGAUAAUAGUCUUAGGACUGGCAUUUUAUAUAGGUCUCAACUUUAUGGCAACACCUUCUCCAACUUCUUUAAAUGUGAUUUUUGAUGAGCACAGUAGAGAGCCACAAGAAUUCACGACAUCAGCGAUCGAAGAUAAUCUGCCUAUUGAACCCAUCUCGGAUAUUGGCAUCAACCAAAUUAACGAGCUUAUGUUUAGAGAUUUGAAAUGACAAAUGUAUUAGUUUGACAUGUGGACUAAGUAGAUAUCUGGUAAGUGUAAGAUUGUGACUGAAGGUGGUUGUAUAUAUUUGUUCUAGGCCGACUUGCAACAUUGAGUAACAUUUACACAUGGUCUUUUCUGCCUUUCUCUACAA